AUGGUGCAAGAUUAUCAUGCUGAGUACCAGACCAUCACUCUUACAAGAGAAUUCAAGAAGAUGAAGCCACCAAUAUUUAAAGGGGGAAUUGAUCCAAUGAAAGCAGAAGCAUGGGUAUUGGAUGUGGAAAAGUUAUUUGAGGUGUUUCCAUGCACUGAAGCUCAGAAGUGUAUGCGGGAUAAAAAGGUGAUUGAGUUUGAAACUCUGAGACAAGGGAAUAAGACUGUUGUAGAGUAUGAAGCUCAAUUCGCGAAACUAGCCCGGUUUGCACGUCAUAUGGUGGAUACGGAUCAUAAGAAGGCGAGGAAAUUUGAAGGGGGUUUACGAAAUGCUAUUCUUGAUCGAAUCAAUGUGUUGAAGUUACCUACAUAUGUUGAUGUAUUAGAGAGGGCCGUCAUGGCAGAGAGGAAUAUUGCUGCUCAGAAUCGGAUUUCCGAAUGGAAGGGGAAGAGACAGAAUACUCAAGCAUUAAAGGGGCCAACGACUCCACCAAGCAAGAAACUGAAUUCGGGAACCUCUAGUGUUUCCACUCCUACUUGA